AACCUCGUGCCUGCCUCCUUCCAAUCCGAAUCCAUUCAUAUGCUCAUUGCAUUCACACGCAAGAUUACGCGCCCUGCCAACACAGCAGCCACGUGGCCUUCUGCGCAUGCUGACAUGCAUGCUGGGCCAUUGUACGUGCGGCUCCUUCCGCAGCUGCUAUUCCCGCCACCCGAGCCGCUUCUGCGUAGUGAGACCUUUUCAGUCCUGGACCGGUAAUCGGUGCAGAGCCAAGGACAGGGGGCCAAGGCCGGCGGUGGCCAAGGAUGGCCGGCACGGAUGCUGAUGUCGGACAAUGUCGACAGUCAUCCCGAGGGGCUGGGAGUUUGGGAGCUCUAGGCACUUGGGGCCUAUGAAAAAAGCUAUACACAUGUACGGAAUGUGCGUGAUGGGCUGACUUGGAGAGAACAAAAAGACGCACCCGAUGCGAUUCGAACGCACGCGGGGAGACCCCACGGCCUUAGCAGGGCCGCGCCUUAACCACUCGGCCACAGGUGCGGGGAGGACAUUCAUCCUCUGCUAACGGGGAUGACAUUAUUGCGAAGCUAUAAAUAUAUAACCUGCUUUAAGCAGCGUGCAGUCUCAAGCUUCAACUACGGGUAGUCAGCGAGUUGAAUGCGGGAGGCCCGCUGAUUUCCUAAGAUGACACAUUCUACAACGAUGGUCCGACUGCUGAAUUGAGUUCGGACCUGCUAAGCGGACACGUCUCAAAACGAUGCAUGGCUAGCUGCAGGGCUUGCAUCUUCCAAGGGCAAGGGCCCUAACGGCAUCCAGGGGCCAUAACGGCUUGGGGUUGGUGGAGUCAAGUUGGGCCCUGAUAGCAUGUGAUGGCUCGGCGUCUUCGGGAGCUGGGACUGUCCCCUCUGUAACAUCCGCAUCCAUGUGAUGGCUCGGCGUCUUCGGGUGCUGGGACUGUCCCCUCUGUAACAUCCGCAUUCAUAACGGCUUGGUCGGACUGUCCCUUCUUGUAAUGUCGCAUUCAU